AGGAAAAAAUGGAGUCACAUAAAACCAGGUGGAAGGAAGGGGAACAGGAGAGUCCCACAAAACCAGGUUUUUCCUCAUAGUCUUGCCAAGGUAGAGUCACCUUAAUGGGUCUAACUGUCCACAGUAGAAGAUGCUGCAUCUCUUGGUGCUGUAGGACUUGGAUUCCAGUGUGGCCAGCUUAACGGAUGGCAUGUGAGAUUAGCAGGCAGAUGGAUACCUGUGUCAGAAUGCCUCUUGCUGUUCUUUUCAGGAUGGGUGAGUCCUGUAGCUCAGUGCAGAGCAAAGCCUGUAAAACCCGAGCUCGACAGGACCCCAGAGCGCUGUGGGUCCUGACGCCCCAGGCUCCCCUGGCUGGUGUUGGUUUUGCUUCCUGUUCCAUGGCCCCCAUCCCUUCCAGGCUAGAGGACCAGUCUCAUGUCAUUCUGGGCCAGUGAGUCACAAGGAGGAAGCAGCCCCUUUUGCAUGGACUUAAAUCAGAGUCAAGCCUGUCUUCUGUUGACAGGACAGUGCCGGCGAGCUGGAGAAGAAUGUGUGUCACUUUGAUUGUGCUCUGCUUUGUAGAGGUGAGUGGGCCUUGCCAGGCCUAGGGCAUAGCAACUCCAGAUGCUAUUGUUAGUAGCUGUGAAAAUCAUUUGAACCCCGUGUCCACAUUUAGGGUCAGGCCUAGACAGAAACAUUGAUCACCAUCAGGCUAGGGGUUUUAGCCAGCACUGUCAGCUUGUGUGUCUUGCUGUACGAGUUGUGUACAUGUUCUCCUGGGUAGAGAGUGGCUCCUUGCACUUAAAGUGGCCACCCAUACAGUGUUGAAUGCAGGGGCCAAAUGUAUGGGGCUCUCACUGCUGAAGAUGUCACUGAGUCCUUUGGGAAAAGAUAAGUUGCAGGAGUCUGAUCUAACCUCAGUACUGGCCUGAGUACAAAGGGAAGUGUGAGGUUGUUGAGGCCAGCCUGCCUCAAGCCCAAGAACAACUGGCACUGGCCUGCCUUACAAAGGAGGACAGGGAGAAGACAUAGGUGUGACUUUGGAAGGGUCAUGAGGACAGCUCACCUUCACCCUGGCCUUCUAUGCUGCAGUGGUUUGAAAGAAAAUAACCACCAAAGGGACUGGCACUAUUGGGAGGUGUAGCUUUGUUGGAGUAGGAGUGGCCUUGUUGGAGGAAGUGUGUCACUGUGGGACAGGCUUUGAGGUCACAUAUAUUCUCAAGCCAUACCUAAUGUCUCAGAUCAUUUCGUGCUGCUUUCUGAUCAAACCCAGUCAGCACUAUGUCUGCCUGCACACUGCCAUGACCCGCCAUGAUGAUAAUGGACUGAAUCUCUGAAAGUGCAAGACACCACAGUUAAAAGCUUUUCCUUUAUAAGAGUUGUCAUGGUCAUGGUGUCUCUUCACAGCAGUAGAAACCCUAAGGCAUGUGCCUAGACCAUCACGGAGAUGUUGAAGAUGGACAGCAUCUUUUCACACUUAUACAGUAUGGCAUCCAUUCUGUAUCACUGCCAUGAGGACCAGCCUCCAAGAGCUCAGGAUUUGGAGGGUGCUGAUGAACGGCAAGCCUUCAGCAGGUCAGAGACACUGAAGAGGAGAUGCAGAGCAGGUGAACCAGUGGACACACAGACACAGGAGGACUUUUCUGCGGGCCAAAGUAUUGUGAGUUGGGACUGAGAUAGACAAUGGAUGGAAGCAGGACUGAGGAGGUGAUGAUGCAGCAGGACCCUCAGGACAGAUGCUCUGAAGAGGAUGUCCUCAUGGAUCAUUUCAAGAUCCUCAAGACCCUCAGUACAGGAAACUUUGCUCAGGUGAAAAUGGCUCUCCACCUCCUCACAGGAGUACCAGUUGCUCUGAAGAUGCUGGAAAGGGGUAAAACAAAUUCUAAUAUUAUUGAAAAUGAGGUAGAGAUUAUGAAAUUCCUCGAUCACCCUAAUAUAAUCAAAUUGUUCCAUGUCUUGAAAACCACUGAACACAUCUACUUGGUUUUGGAAUAUGCCUCUAGGGGUGAUCUGGCUGGUCAUAUCUUAGAAGUGGACCAUAUGCCGGAAGUGGAGGUCCGGCACGUAUUCACACAACUGGUCUGUGCUGUUAAAUAUUGCCACGAAAAUGAUAUUGCACAUAGGGACAUCAAACCAGAAAACAUUCUGAUAGAUGCAAAUAAGAUUGUUAAGCUGUGCGAUUUUGGCUUAGCCAUCAAUGUGAGUAUGGAGCCAGAGUCAACAAUGUUCUGUGGCACCCUUCCCUAUUGUGCCCCAGAGCUCUUCAGCAGCCAAGACUAUGAUCCCAGGGCACUUGACAUCUGGAGCAUGGGAGUGGUUCUAUAUAUCAUGAUGACAAAGCACUACCCUUUCAAAGGAAAAACUUACAAUCAGAUGAAGAUCGAAAUGCAGAAGCCACGUUGCUACAUUCCACCAAAGCUCCCAGUGCACAUUGCCAGUCUCAUCGUCAAGUUGUUCACUACCAACCCCAGGCAGAGGCCCAAGAUACAUGGCGUUAUGGAACAUGAGUGGCUCAAGGGCAGUGAAAAAUUUUCAAAACCCACCCAGUCCUUAGAACUACUCCCCAACAAGCCCAACCCCAGCAUUAUGGCAGCCAUGUGGGGCAUGGGCUAUAACCCCAAGGACAUUAGCAAGUCUUUAUAUGAAAACAACUUUGACAGCAUUAUGGCAACUUAUUUAAUAUUAAAAUAUAAUUCACCCUGGGUGGACAACUCCAACUGUAAUGAAAAGCUCAUGCAGCCCAAUACUGCCAUGGCACCUGCAGAUCCUCCCAUCUGCCAUUACCUCCUGAAGAGCAUAGGGAGUGAGCCUGACAAUUCCACCUCAACCCUGCCAGCAAAAUAUCCAUCUCAGGUGAUAAUAAACUCAUAAAAAAGGACAGUCAGAAAAAAUCACAGCAUGCCUGCCAUCCACUGCUGGCCAACAAAAAAGCCAACCUCACUCACAGGGGCGCAGUGUGGUCCUUUGCAGCAUGACCAUGAGCAGCUACUGAGCAGCAGCCUAAAGAAGAGAAGCAGGGUUUCCAAGAGCGUCUCCUGUGGUCCAGUGCAGCCCAACCAUGAUGAGCAGCUCCUGAGAAGCAGCCUGCGGAAGAGAAGCAGGGCUUCCAAGAGUGUGUUCUGUGGCCCGGUGCAGCAUGACCUUGAGCAGCACAUGGAUAUUCAUUCUGAAAAUGACAUCACCCAGAAUGAAAAUCCCCAUCAGAGCAGCUCAUUCCUCCAGCAUACACCAUCUUCGAGAAUCUCCGAAGAGGGACUUGAGGAUGUGACCACUACAGAGGCUCAUCAGGACAAGAGCUUGACCCCCCAGGAAACAUCGGAACCAAACCUCACCAGUGCCCGACCCCAGAGAGUGACCAUAGCCUCACCUCGCAUAUGGGAUGGAUGGAAGCAGGUAAAGAGGAGACUAGUGAAGGGCUUACGAAGAUUAUGCUGCUGCUUGCCAGCUGAGAGGAGAAGCUGCACUUUCCAGAGAAGAGUGGCUCCACAGGAAGGAGGGGACAAUCAAGUCACAUAAACCCUGGUGGAAGGGGAACGGGAGUCCCACAAAACCAGCGAUGAGCCUCCAUGGAUGCCGAACCACAGGGUGAGUAGGGAUCUGCCUGGGGUGGACUGAGACAGUUGCAGCAGGAGGCGGGCAGGACAUCUCGGUGGCAGCGUGUCGACACGUCCUGCACAGAAGGCUUUGUCCAAUGCAGGAGGAGGUAAGCAAACUACCACAGGCUUCUCCCCAGGAAAUCCCAGCCAGGAGCAAUUUGGCCCAGCAUUUGCAGUGUCCUGCUUGGAUUGGAUUGACUGCCUGGGGUGAGACGCUCCCGUAGUCCUUACUUGGAGCAAGCAUCAAAGAUACCUGAUGGGACACACCCCCUGCCCUGCCCCCUGUCUUUUCUCAUGUUGAGAGGGGAUGACUGAGAAUGCUGGAGGAAUGAUCUUCUCAGCAGACAGACGGUUACUUCCUCCCUACCCCAGCUGAGCCCAGGUAGGUCAGCCCGAUUGAGUCCACACCGCAAUCAGUCUUCUGUGACAAAUUGUUGACACUUGUCAGGGUGGACAGCCCUACAAGGACAGUUUCAGAGACUUCCUGACACUGGUCAUGAGCUCUACCCUUGUCCCUUCGGGGCCUCAGAAUUCCUUCUUGUAAAUUGGCUUGACAACAGUUUUACUCAGAGGCUUGCCAAGGUAGAGGCACCUUAGUGGGAUGCUGGUCUCAAACUGUCACAGUAGAAGAUGCUGCAUCUCUUGGUGCUGUAGGACUUGGAUUCCAUUGUGACCAGCUUAACGGAUGGCAUGUGAGGUUAGCAGGCAGAUGGAUACCUGUGUCAGAAUGCCUCUUGGUGUUCUUCUCAGGAUGGGCUAGAGGACCAGUCUCAUGUCAUUCUGGGCCAGUGAGUCACAAGGAGGAAGCAGCCCCUUUUGCAUGGACUUAAAUCAGAGUCAAGCCUGUCUUCUGUCGACAGGACAGUGCCAGCGAGCUGGAGAAGAAUGUGUGUCACUUUGGACGACUGAGAUUGUGCUCUGCUUUGUAGAGCAGUAGAAACCCUAAGGCAUGUGCCUAGACCAUCACGGAGAUGUUGAAGAUGGACAGCAUCUUUUCACACUUGUACGGUAUGGCAUCCAUUCUGUAUCACUGCCAUGAGGACCAGCCUCCAAGAGCUCAGGGUUUGGGGGAUCUCCUCGAGGGUGCUGAUGAACGGCAAGCCUUCAGCAGGUCAGAGACACUGAAGAGGAGAUGCAGAGCAGGUGAACCAGUGGACACACAGACACAGGAGGACUUUUCUGCGGGCCAAAGGUUAUAUACCCCAGAAAACUGUUUCAAGCAAUGUAAAAAUUACAAUGUGGCUAUAUUCUCUUUUUCAAGAAUGAUUAAAAUUUAAAGUUUAAAAAACA